UCCUGAAGAUAGGCAGCAGUCGCGGGUCAAUCUUUGCCAAUAAUUUGGCCGUCACGUGUUUGUUUCUGGAGGAGAUUGCGCUCAAAUCACAGCAAGAAAAGGCGCAGUUUUUCCAAUCCAUGCCAUUUGCCGAUGGCGACUUCCCACCCCGAUUCCAGAAAUACAAGAUUCUCCCUGAAUUGGUUAACUCACUCAUGUACGGCGGAGCACAGUCGAUACACGUGCUGUCCAUCAUUAUACGCAUCGGAAAGCUCUUGAAUGCCGAGGAGUAUCAGAAAAUAGUCAUACCGUGCAUAGUCAAACUGUUCUCGGCCAAUGAUAG